AUGCCACCAAAAAUCUCAAUCAAACCAAAGAUCACGGCCACAGCACGUAUUCGCAAGCGGGUUAUCGUCGAGGAGGAAGGCUCGGGAGACCAAGAUGUGAAUAUGCAGGAUGACGGCGUUGCAGACGAGGGUGAUGUGAUGGAAGACGACUUACAGGAGCAGGAACGCUUGGAAGAGGAACGCUUAAACAGGGACAAGGUCGUCAAGAGGGAGGGCCGUCAGGAUGCACCACAGGUCGUGGCCGUCAGCUCCGCGUCAAAGACCAAGAAGGAUACCGUGGCAGAGCAGGCCAACACAGCAGAGCCUACCCCUGACUCCAAAAGCACAGACGAAUCCCUAGCACAGGAAGAUUUUUUGCCAGCUAUGGAGGGAUUGGAGGGAUCGGCAGAUAAUGACUCUUUAGACAGUUCUGCAGAUCAAUACCAAGAUCAGGACUUUUCCGUGGAGCCCGAAGGCGAAAGAUUGCCCGACUAUGCUGACGAAGGCGACGAGUUGGUCAAGGAGAUCCCAGUGUACCUAUCGCAGCGCCUUGCCAAGUACCUUUAUCUCUUUCAGUAUCCCGUUCGUGCAGCUGCUCUGCCAUACAGUGAAGGUUCUGGACCAAGCAAGGCCAGGAUUAAGCCCUUGUCGCAGCUGAUCGAACUGGAACUUCCUGUCGAUACCAACGCCAGCCAGUACAACAAGGAGCGCGGAGAGGAGCUCGCAAUGGGAAUGAAUGACAAAGCGUUGAGGACAGCCUUGGAUGAUGAGCCUGACGAUGACGAAAAGCGGGAAUUGCUCGACAAGCAGACUCUUGUGUCAUCCCUCAUCCCUAACGCUACAAAUUACUUGGCAGGAGUCUUGCGAAACGACGAGAUGCACUUGACGCCCAUUCACGGAGCAGUCCAGCUUCGGCCAAGUUUUAAGUACCUGGAUAAGAUUGACGAGAAAAAGAAGCAGGCUUCGAAGAAGAUCAGUGAUGAGGAGAACAAGGAGUUGCUGGCGAAGCAAAAGGCCGAGCAGGAGCAAAAGGCCAGAGCAUUGCAGGUGCAAGUGAGGAGUGCGGCUGAUUCGGAGGCAAGGCGAACCAGUGGGCCUAACAAGGCGCGCUUGGCCGAAGAAGAGAACUGGACCAAACUGGACUACUUUGAUGCCGAGACGCAAGAGUCUGCGCUGAUCUACGACCGGAUGUUUGCAAGCUAUGUGGAUGAGCUCGACUGUGCGACGACGGUGUCGGAUUACCUUGGCCUUGUCUCGUCGAACAACUCGUUGCGGAAUGUCAAGACGGAGCCCAACUAA